ACUCCAAAUGUCCAGUCCCAGGCUGUGGGACAUGCACCCGUAAAUUACGGGCGCAUGCCCUGUCAGUACACAUCCCGGGAAUCUUGGGGGCAGCAAAUCCACGUACCCCAAACCUGGCUACCAUUCGGUGGGCGGCAGUGAGAGACCUGGCAAGGAGGGUCUGCGGACCGUCGGGUACUCCGCGACAGUUGGCUAGUAGACUGGGACCAUUGAUCCCGAGUAUGGUGGGCCCGUCAGAGGUGGACAUGCCCGCAAUAGAACAGAUGGCCCGUUUUCUGGGUGAGCCAUCUCAGCAGUUUACUCUACAUCCAGUGUUGAGCAUGUCUGCGCUCAUACACUGGAGAGCGUUGUUACAUGCGGUGGCAUUGUUGUCACUAGAGGACCGCCGUUGGUUUUUGGGAUGGUCGGCUCAGGGGGUAGAUAUUCCUCGAGAUAAGUGUAUCCUGGCGGGAACAGAGAUUUCUCACGACGAUGCCCCGGGAAGUUUGGUAAUAACAGGGAGCGGGAAGUCUCUGUCGGUAGAAGGGGACACUAGGGUGGUCUUAGUUGGGGCAGAGCCCGGUGAGAGCUGGGCGGCUUCUUCUGGGCCAUUAGUCGAGGGGAGGGGUCGGCUUCAAGGGGUGGAUGCCCAUUUUCAUCCAAAGUCUUGUGCCCGGGUAAUGAAACUGGGCACAGAUCCCAGUUUGGAGAAAGUGGUGCGGUACAACUAUCCACACCGUAUUCCCUGCCCCGCUAUUGAUGUGAUAGGGGGUGUGUCAGUGUACAUCGAGCCGGGUCACGUUCCACCUACGGUGGAAUGCUACCCGGCCUGGAAAGUGGUAGUAGGGAUUCAUCCCCGAUUCGCAACCACGGUCCAAGACGCGGAUAGGGGAUGGGUGGAGGGGAAAUUGGAGUCGUGGCCCUCUCGCGGCUGGUAUCCUUCUCCUCCAGGAGAGGUGCCCCCCAACCCAAAAAAUUCACUUAACCUCUUUCGACGGGGGGUGCCAAGCAGUUAAGGAUGCCUGUAGGUUGUUCCCGGAGGCCUAUUUUGGGGUCUCCGGGAAGGUGUUUGCAAUCGACGGGGAACAACGCCAGGCAGUGGCGCUUAUCCCUGUCGAUCGUCUUCUAUUAGAGACAAAUGCUCCUCAUAUCGGACUGAGGGGCCAAGGUCCUAGCGGCCCGAGUUACCUCGGAGAGGUGGCAGCCGAGGUGGCCCGGGUUCGAAAAACCUCCCUGGAAGCAGUGCUGCAAAGCACUGUUUCCAACGCCCGGCGGUUGUACGGGCUGGUUAACCGGUAAAGAAAAUAAAACGGAAGGGUGAUUAUUAAACCAGUAGGUCAUAUGGGUUGUCUGUACGGAACGGGUUGGUACCCGGCAUUAGCUGGGAACAACCUUCCAUAUCAUAGAGAUAUGUACUGAAUUUAAAAUAUUGAACAUAAUUAUUUCACAAUGGUGGGGGAUUUUCACUGGUGGUAUAUUUUAAUUAUGGUCUGCUAGACAAGAGAAUUAGGGCUAAAUUCGAAUAACUGUAUGAUAUGUCUAAUUAUAAUGUUUUAUUUCAGGUCUAACAAUAUUAUCCAGUUGAAUGUAUUUCAGGUGAAUGGUUGGUGUUCAGCAUCCACUUGGGGAACAGUUAAUUGGGUAUGGGAGGCCUGUGGGUAAGUAAUCAUAGAAGAUGUCCCAGGAAGGGGGGUUGGAUUUUGGGUAAUUGGGAACAGACCUGAUUUUUAAGGGGUCUCUUCUCAGGUAAGUAUGUAAUACUCAGAAGAUAAAACAGGACAUAAAAUUAUAUUUUUCCUGGAUGAUGCGGACCUUUUCCAUCUUUUGUGAGGGGGAGGGAAGGUAUCUGCCAUGAAAAAUCCUGUUUUAUCUUGUUUUCCUUAGGGAGAGGGUCCCAAAUUAUUUUGUGGGGGAAUAAUAGUUAAUUUUCAAUUAACUAUUGCUAAGUUGAGGGAUAAUUAUUUGAAUUAUGACUCUUUUUUGGUAAGGAUGUAAUUAGGAGGCCAACAUCAUAUAGGGCAAAAUGUGAUGGACCAGUUUUUUUGUUAGGUUUGUGUAAUAUAAUGUAAUAUAGUUGCCUUGACUGACAUUUGCAAAAGGCUGAGUUGGAAUUUAUUUAACUGUUAACUUUUAAGUGUUUAACUUUUAAGUGUUUAAGUGUUUAACUUUUAAGUGUUCAACUUUAAGUGUUAUUCAAGGAGUAGUUCUUGGUGUUUCAUUAUUAAUAUUCCUGGAUGUGACUUUAACUGUGCUUAAGGCAUAACUUUAAUAUUUCUGGAUGUGACUUUAACUGUGCUUAAUGCAUAAUUUGAAUAUUCAUGGAUUUGACUUUAACUAUGCUCAAUGGAUAAUAUUCGUGGAUAUAACUUUAAUGGCUUUUCUGGAUGCCACCGCCAGAUAAGUCAGUAUCUUUUUUACUAACAGGAUAUGACUGUUUCUUUUGGGGGGUAGUCUUAACCUAUAACAACAGGAAACUCUGGAUGUUUACAAAGAACCUGUUUAUUCAUGGAUGGUCGUUGAAUCCUGGCCCGGAUGAGUCCGAGCCAGUAACCCGCUGGUGAAGUGUUUAAUGUUCCUUGGAAAUUCGGGAGGUGAUCUUCUCUUCUAUAAAACGGGGGAGAGUGUGGUGACUCGCGACCAGUCGACGACCGGAUGUCAAAAUUGGAACUGGUCCGCUGCCUGACACCCCUGGAGACAAAUAAUCUACUGGUGCCUUACCAUGUAGGGAUUGGCGGGAAAAAGGGACCCGCCCAUUGGACGAGGAGCGUCACAUGGCAAAAAACGAGAGCAGACGAUUCUGGAAAGGAGAGGCGACACUCUUGCAUCUGAACCGCCAACAGGCUAGAAGCAUACUAAUCCUGAUAAUCAGAUAAAUCUCGUCCUAGGCGUGGUGGCCGUCGUCGCGCAGUAUCCGAACUGUACCUGUGAGCAACGAAAGGGCGAGAUGCAGAUGUUUUACCAGAUGAUGAUCAACUCGGUGAUCUCCACCAUGCAUUCCAUGCAGAACAAUAAUCAACAAAGUUUUUAUGGUGCUGCUGGUGGUCGGAAAUAGGUGAGUAAAUUAAUAGUAUCUGGUAUCGUGCUGCCUUGAAACCGCACAAAGCUGCGCCUCCUAUGUUAUAUUGUUGGAUUGAAUGAAUGUUUAGCGAAACCCUAGCACAAAACUACACAUAGGCUAUUGGGUGUAACAAAGGGUAAGGAUAUGAAUAUAUUAUUUAUAAAAUUAUGUGAAACCACAGUAAGGAGCUGGGGGGGGGGGGGGGGGGGGGGGGGGGGCUGGGGAUAUAAUAUAACCACCCCCAGCACAAAAAUACACAUCGGCUAGUGUUAUUGUUGGUUUUAGUUAAAACGUUUCAAUGUAUCAAACACAAAACGAUUGUGGUACUAGCCAUAAACUGUGAAAUUAGAUAUAUCUUACCCUUAUAGACUACUAGUAUUCCUGUUAGCAACAAACUGAUGUGUUUAAGAAAACUGCCACAAACAGUGUAUCACAAAUCAUUAUAUUACUAAUGGUAAUAACUAAUGGUAAAUGACCCAAUGCAUCCACCAAUGAGGGUGAAACAUCUGGUAUGUGGUAUUGUAAGAGCACUACUAAUUUACCGUGACAGAUCUCGCACUGAACGAGAGUUCACGUUUUAAGGGUAACCAUCAUUCAUGCUCCUCAUCAUUUCGCUGAGACAAAUUUAAGGAUUGUACUUAAUUACUCCCAUUAGCAUGUGAAUUUUACAUGGUAUCACAUGGCAAUAUUGUAAACGGCUCGACAUAAUCUAAGUUAGGGGAGCAAUUAAUCACUCCACUCAUGUUUUUCACGGCGAGGUCUAACGUCAUAUUAGUCUUUAGAUUGGCAUCAAUCGUAUCCAAUUUAUAUCAUAAAACUUAUAAUAACGUUUGCCUCAACCAUUAUUAUUGUUUGUUUUGUUUAGUGUUUUUUGUCGGGUUUUUUCUUUGCAGAUCCCACACAUGAAGAUCUGAAGAAGAGAAAUUCAUUCUGAGAAAAUACAUCCAAAAUGUAAAAAAUGCAAACGUUGUUUUCAUUAUGUAUCAAUUUUUCUGUAGAAGCAUAGAGACAA